AUGGAUGGGAUUGGGGACGGCCCGAACGGCCUGUCCUUUGACAUGCCCAUGCUUAUGAAUCAGCAAACUCCUCUCUUCGGCGCAUACGGCCACGACGGAUCUCCGGUCACCGCUGCUCUUCCGAACCCGAGUUUUCAUGAUGACCCCUCCAUGGGGUUGGAUGACAAUAAUGAUCCCAAACGAAGACGCAUUGCGAGGGCAUGCGAUAUGUGCCGGAAGAAGAAGAUCAAAUGCGAUGGGAAGAUGCCCAAAUGUUCUCACUGUAUCAACUACAAGACAGACUGCGUGUUUACGCAGGUCGAGAAGAAACGAAAUCCUCCUAAAGGUGCGAAGUAUAUCGAAGGUUUGGAAAAUAGGCUAGGACGGAUGGAGUCAUUGCUUCGAUUAUCCGGCUUGUUGAAUGAGGAUGAUGGGAAAACAGACCUUGGAACUUUGGAAAAGCGGUUGGCCGAUCGAUCCUUUGCAGCUGGUGGCAUGAACAACUCGAACAGCCCAACCCGGUUUAAUGCGGUUCACAAUGGCCCAUCUCAACCAACUAGCCUGUCACGGCAUUCAACGCCUCGAAUGGAUUCACACUCUAGUCCACGGACAACAGCCACGUCGCCGGACUCACAGAAGGAGUCUGAAACUGAAGUAGAAGGCUUGUCAGACAUGAUGUGCUCCUUGGUAACGAACAAUUGCGGUGAAACUCGGUAUAUCGGGUCCUCGUCCGGGUUUUCUAUUUUCUCGCCGAAAGGGAUUCAAUGGGUAAACGAAAAGACCGGCGAUACUUCUUUCCAGGAUAUGAUAUCAUCAGCUUAUAUUGAUGAUAACAAAUGGAUGUACUGGAAACCGGAGAUUUUCAGUGACAUUUUUGCUCGCCGUGUUUUCAAGCCAUUGCCUCCCAAAGAGGAAGCAUUGUCGCUUUUCCGGGAUUUCUUCGACAAUUUCAAUUGCAUGUUUCCGCUCUUUCACGAACCGACCUUUAUGCAUCUCGUCGAGAAGCAAUAUUCCCGCGACCCUUACGAAGGCUCUGGCUGGUGGGCGAGCAUUAACGUGGUCCUUGCUAUUUCUCAUCGGCUGCGCGUAAUGAGUAAUCUUGUCCCCCAAGAGGAGGAUAAGAAAGCAUGGCUUUAUUUAAAAAAUGCUAUGGGUGUCUUGACCGAGUUGACGAUGCGAAAUACGGAUUUACUGAGCGUGCAAGCUCUAUUAGGCAUGUCGCUCUUCCUCCAAGGAACCCCCAAUCCUCAGCCAUCUUUCUUCCUAGUCGCUGCUGCUAUCAGAUUGUCCCACAGUAUCGGACUCCAUAAACGUGGGUCCGGCUUCGGGCUUAAUCCAGUGGAGGCCGAGCAGCGAAAGCGAGUGUUCUGGAUUGCUUACCUGCUGGAUAAAGAUAUCUGUCUUCGCUCCGGCCGCCCUCCUGUGCAGGAUGACGAUGACAUGAAUGUCGAAUUACCCAGCGAAGACCCUCCAGACAAUAUCGGCAACGUUCCAUUAUCCGACGGUAAAGGAAAGUUUAACAUGUUUCGCACUCUGUGUCAGUUCUCCGUAAUCGAGAGCAAAGUUUACAAGCGUCUUUAUUCCGCCAGAGCUUCUAAGCAAUCUGAUGGUGAACUGCUCAAUACCAUCGGAGACCUCGACAAGGAGCUCGAGGAAUGGAAAGAUAGUAUCCCAAUUGAUUUCAGACCGGAGCACGAGAUAAAAGCAUCGCACACACCACUCAUUUUGCAUAUCGUCGUCAUACAUUUCGCUUAUUACAAUUGCCUGACAACCAUUCACCGGAUGUCUGUGCACCACGGGUACUGGACAAGCCGCCUCUCCAACUAUGCGAUUCAAGGUUUGAACGCUAGACCACUCAAUCCGCGAGUCUUCUUAUCGGCAGUCCUAUGUGUCACUGCUGCCAGAGCCUCUAUUAACCUGAUCAAAUACAUUCCGCAAGGUGAUUUUGCCUGUGUCUGGUUGAUAUUAUACUAUCCGGUCUCUGCGCUGGUUACGCUGUUCGCCAACAUUCUUCAAAAUCCCAACGAUGCACGUGCUCGGUCAGAUGUUAAGCUGAUGAACGUUGUUGUCAAUUUCCUUUCAACACUCGUCUCUGAUGAGUCUAACGGAAGUAUAAAACGCAUGCUCAGCGUGUGUGGCGAAUUCGAGCGGAUUGCCCAAGUAGUCCUUGACAAAGCCGAACGAGAUUCUCAUUCCAAGAAAAAGCGCAAGGCACCGUCCGAAGAUCCAAAGAAUGUCCCACAAGCCACGGAAGAAGUAGCUUCGCCUGGUUUCAACCCCGAUGCCGCUAAUGUGCCACCUACGACCAUGCCUUUCUCGCCCCGGUCGUUCGGCACAACCUCUCAAGAUACUGGCCUUAACGGUAUGAAUGGCGCAUCGAAUUUCGACCCAGGCCAAUCAAUGCCUGCGUCAGGUAAAAUCCCCAACAAUUUAUCAGGAAACAUGCCUACAAUGCCAAGGGUCGGCCCCAAUUUUGGAGAGAUGCUUAGCCCCAACCCGCUGGACAGUCUAAACUUCGGUGGCCAGCCUCCUCUAAACGCUGGCGGCGAUAUCAACAUCACUCCUUCGUUCCAACAGCCGUUUGUUCCGCAAGAUCUCUGGCAAAUGCCAAUGACGAUCGAAUGGGACUGGGCCGACAUGUCGACUAAUUUCCCUGUUUUCGGCGGCGAUCCAACUUCCAAUCACUAA